AGAUAGAGAAAAGACACCACAAAAUUAAUAUUCCCAUGGAGAGGCAUACUUGCGAAAUUGAUAGUAAGUAGUUCAGCUGUCGUGUUCACAAGAAUCUGCCACUAGUCCCUACACCGAGUCAGCUGAAUCCACGCCACCUUCUGGAACUCAACUUAUUUGAAGUCAAUUUUGACAGUAUCUUUCCAUCUAAUCGUAAACCUCUCCCUCGCGUUAGAUCUGUUCCCAUAAAACUUUGUAUGCCUUUCUAACAUACCCAUGAAUGCUUCCAGGCUCACAAUUUUAUUUUCGUCUUUUUGCUCUUAAGCAAAAAUUAUGGUUGGUUACUCCUUUUUGCAUGUCAGUGUAGAACUAAACGCCCUCUGUGGUUAGAUUGCGUAGCGUCAAUUGUAGGAUGACACAAACUAAUUUGGAAGGGAGUGGUCUUGGUAUACCUCCUCCAAAAUUUUAAGAACUGAUGUAGAAGUUCAUGGUUAAUGUGACAAUCACGAAACACUGGCAAUCCAGAAAUUAUAGGCAAACAUAUAAUGACCUCAGAAUUCUAUCUUAUUUCCUCGCUAUCGAAUUCAGACAUCAACUCGCCUGUUCUGGGUCACAUGUGUUCCGAACUUUGCUCUGAGAUCGCUGUGCCAACAUAAAGAUGCAUCAGUACAUUUCGCAGCGAUGUCGAGUUGCCUUGAAACACAACCGCGUGUAUGCAUUGCUUUCCUUAAGAAGAAUAGGCGAGGAAAAUGAUACUUGCAGUGUGGGGAAAAUCUCUUGCUUACGUGUGCUUCCUAACCCUGCUUCUACGCGGUGUUACUGGAAAAUAUAACAAAAAUACGAGGAAAUCAUUGCCUGCCAUGCCGAAGUUGAUAACGCAACACGGUUACCCUGCUGAGACGCACACCGUGACUACAGAUGACGGCUACAUCCUCACCAUGCAUCGUAUUCCCUAUAGCCCCCUGUCGAACAGCACAGACACAGCGAGGCCGGUCGUCUUCCUGCAGCAUGGUCUCAUCAGCAGCUCAGUGGACUGGGUCAUCAUGGGACCAGGAAACGGACUGGGCUAUCUGCUAGCUGACGCUGGGUAUGAUGUGUGGAUGGGCAACGCUCGCGGAAACAUGUACUCCACCAGACACAACAAACUUUCGGCAAUGCUUCCUACUUUCUGGUCCUUUAGGUAUGUCAAAUUGCAUCCAGUUCCAAGCAACAUAGCUCUUCUUCAGAAGCUAAGAGUAGCUCAAGAAAUUCCCUGCCUGACGAUUCACUGUUGUGUUCAUCACAGAGUGAAUCAUGAAGCAGCUAAUCCUUUCCAUAUUCUCUUAUUCAGUGUCUAUGAGAUCCAUUUUUGCAUUAUUCUUAACCUAUAUCAGGGUAUCACAAAUGUUCAAUUCACUUCUUUUUCUGGUUUUUCCAGCCAUUUUCUUGGCUAAUAUAUGAUUACUUAU